AUGCUCGUUCACGAAGAUGAUGUGAAGCGUGGCGACAGCACCGAAGUGGAGACCGACGAGCUCGAGGAGAGCAUGGGUCCGCUGGAGGAAAGCGGCGGCACAGUCUCUGAGGGUGAUGGCGAGAUGGAUGACCUGGUCGCCGAUGACAUUGCACGCUUUGAGGCGUCGUUCAAGAAUAUUACUCAGCGUUACCGCCUCAUCAACCGUAUUGGCGAGGGUACUUUCUCCACCGUCUACAAGGCCGAGGAUCUACUCUACGACCACUACCAGAAUGACUGGGAUCUCGAGGCCAACAAAGAGAACCGUGAUAGUGACUCUUCAGCCGUGAAGCAAUCACUCGUUCGCCAACAGAAGCCCCGAUAUGUGGCCAUUAAGAAGAUCUAUGUCACAUCCUCGCCGCUUCGUAUACUUAACGAACUGGAGCUGCUGCAUGACUUGCGCAGCUCGCCGAACGUCUGCCCGUUGAUCACGGCUUUCCGUCACCAAGACCAGGUGAUUGCGAUCCUGCCGUACUUUCAGCACAAGGACUUCCGGGACUACUAUCGCGACUUCAGCAUGGACGAGAUUCGCGACUAUCUCCGGAAUCUGUUCUCAGCAGUCAAGUCGGUCCAUGACGCCGACAUCAUUCACCGCGACAUCAAGCCUACCAACUUCCUGUACUCGCCUAGUCAGCGACAUGGCGUACUCGUCGACUUUGGCUUGGCCGAGCGUGAAGGUACAGACUACCACCACUGCCAGUGCUGCUAUGAGCAAGAAGAAAGGGCGCGCAAGGUCCAAAGCUCUGUCUACGCUCGGAAACUCGAUGCAGCCCGAACUUCCAACGUGCCGUUGCCAAAGCCAUCUUACCCGAAAGACGACCAACGUCCCUCUCGCCGCGCUAAUCGAGCGGGCACGCGUGGCUUCCGCGCUCCGGAAGUGCUAUUGAAGUGCACCGCUCAAAGCUGCCUCAUUGACAUUUGGUCCUGCGGCAUCAUCUUGCUGACCUUCCUGAGCAAGCGCUUCCCCUUCUUCCACUCCGCGGACGAUAUAGACGCCUUCAUUGAGCUGUCUUGUAUCUUCGGGAAGCAGAAAAUGAAGCAGGUUGCAUUCUUGCAUGGCCAGAUACUGCAGACCAACAUUCCAUCGAUGACGGAGACUGGGCAUAGCUGGGAGAAGAUCAUCCUCUGGUGCACUGGUCGUAACAAGAAAAGUGCAGAGGGACCAGGUGAGGGACUGAGUGAGGAUGAGAAGGAGGCGAUCAAUUUUAUGAGGGCAUGCCUCAAUCUCCAUCCCGGAAACAGGAUCUCGGCGGAAGAGUGCUUGGAGCAUCCAUACUUGAACCGAACCGAGUCUGGAUCAACCACGGUAGCCGCAUAA